AUGAUCUUCUCGAGUAACCUCAGGCAUGUCAGAUCUCUCUACCAGCUAGUAGUUGUGAACAAAACCCUCCUAGUCAUCGCCGUUUCACUGAUCAUUACCGGAAUCUUCUUUGGGGCUCUACAUCUGGGUUUCAGUCAGCAUAUUGCGCAUGUCGAUCUCCAUGCCCUGCAACCCAUCCACUGGUUUCUAGCCCUAGCAGCCGCACUUACCUAUUAUUAUCUCCUGAACCACUCCCACAAUGUAUACCUUGUUGAUUAUGCUUGUUUCAAGCCGAAUUUCCUCUACCGUUCUCCCCGUUCCACCUUCAACGAGCACAUGCACUCCAUGCCAUUCCUUGAAGACCGCACCAAACACUUCAUCACACGUGUGGCCGAGCACUCAGGACUCGGCGAUGAGACCUGCCUCCCCCAUGCCUUCUCCUAUAUGCCUCCAAUCUACAAUUUGAGGGAAGCCCGAAGUGAGGCAGAGUUGGUCGUUUUCUCGACAAUUGAUGACCUUUUCAGCAAGUCGUCAAUCAAACCAAGUGCAAUUGAUAUACUGAUAGUCAACUGCAGCGCGUUCGCCCCAACACCAUCGUUCAGUGACAUGAUCAUAAACAGAUACAAGCUUCGUAGUGAUAUCUAUAGCCUGCACCUCUCCGGGAUGGGGUGCAGUGCAGGACUCAUAUCGGUGGGACUAGCCAAGAACCUUUUGCAGAGCACACCACAUGGCAGAUAUGCAUUGGUAGUGUCUACGGAGACGAUCUCAAACCUGAUGUACAAGGGGAAGAAACGAGAGAUGCAUUUGCCCAGUGUCCUAUUCCGCAUGGGUGGGGCUGCUGUAUUGCUAUCGAAUUCUAGGAACAAUAAGCAGGCACGAUACCGGCUCAGCCACCUCACUCGAAUGAUUACUACCUCCAGCGAAAGUGCUCACAAUUGUGUGAAGCUAGACGAAGAUGAGGAGGGAAACAUGGGCGCCAUCCUAUCCAAGGACAUCAUUGCUGUUUCUGGCGAGGCGUUGAAGACAGGUAUCAGCUCCAUUGGCCCCCUUAUCCUCCCAGCCACGGAGAAGCUACUGUUUCUGCUUUCCUGCAUGGCACGGAAGGUUCUCAAUGAUAGGAUAAAACUGUAUGUCCCAAACUUCUGCACGGCCGUAGAGCACUUCUGCAUCCAUCCUGGUGGACCAGCAGUGAUCGAUGCUGUCCAAAAUAACCUCCGUCUCUCGGACACGCAUGUCGAGCCAUCACGGAUGACACUGCAUCGGUUUGGGAACACAUCCAGCAGCUCUUUGUGGUACGAGCUAGCAUAUGUUGAGGCUAAAGGUAGGAUGUGCAAGUAUGAUCGAGUGCUGAUGAUUGCAUUUGGCUCGGGUUACAAGUGCAACAUCGCUGUAUGGGAGUGUAUCCAGCAACCCCGCUUUGCUGAUGGACCAUGGGCCAAGUGCAUCCAUCAGUAUCCAAAAAACCAUUGCCCAAACUAA